AUGUCUUCUCCUUCCCACAUCUCAAAUCCAACCCCUGAACCUACGCUCGUCCAGCUGGCAGAUUAUCAUCCUCCCCCUCUUCCCAAUGACAUCCCUCUACCACCUUUGCCACCCAUUACUGACCCUGGGUUGCUCAAACUCGCACUCACCCAUUCUUCCGCUCAUCAGCUCCCUCAUCGUCCGUCCGAGAUCGUCCUCGACGAGUCCAGAGCAGUCGACGAUUAUGAAAAGCUGGAGCAUGUGGGAGAUGCCUUGCUAGGGGCUGUGGUCAACAUAAUGCUUCAUGACAUGUUUCCUUCCCUCAAACCUGGACCAGCGACGAUGCUGAAAUCUCAUCUCGUCAAGAACCAGACUCUAGCGGACAUCUCCGACCGAUACGGACUCCCUCAACAAAUGAGAGGUGAUUCGAGUGGUUUAUGGGUCGUACGACAACAACAAAAAGCCCGAGCCAGCAUAUUCGAAGCGUACAUCGCUGGUGUCUUCUACUCCUACCUCUUCGAGGGAGAGAGUGUUGAAGCAAAGGGAGGCGUUGCGGCACUCGCUACACCUCUAAAACCCACCCCAAAAGCGGUCUCCGCAGUCCAAAAGUUACAAGUUCACAACCCUUCUCCAAGUAAACCUUCGGUACCUACGGGCAAUCAUCUACGGAAUUCCUCCAAGACAAAAACAGACAAACCUUCCGGACCUCCACACGACCCUUUCGCUCAUCUCCUGAUGCCGAUCCUUGCCCCGGAAACAAAAUCUCAACCUGACGAGGCUCCCGCAAGUCCAUCAAUGCUGUCGCACCAAUUCGACUGGGGGUCUCUACCCGGACCUCCGUCAUACAAACGUUCUCGCGGAGACGCAAUGGUAUAUCUCGACUCGUGGCUUCAUCCUCUCUUUACCCCAAUUGCCCACUGGUAUCUCUGGUGCAUGAAACGCCACGCCAUGCGAUUGGAGACUCUUUAUCCCCGACCUCCCACCCCACCCCGAGCACCAGAGAGGACGAUGGAGGAUUGGCGGGCACAGGGAACGAAUGCACUACUGCAGUCUUGGAAUGUGGGGCGAAGUGGAGGGAGUAUAAAGUAUUACUCAGUUCUUGGAGAUGAUGAGGUCUGGAAGGUGACCUGCAAGUUGCAAGUUGGGGGUCCAGCCAAUCCAGCAAAGAGAGGUGUGUUAGUGAAUGUGACUAACCCUUCUCUGUCAGAGCAGGGUCAAGGAGAGAAGGCCCAAGACUCACUGGGGCAGGUCGGAUCCCGGGCUGCAAGUCAGCAGGGUAUAGAGACUCAGCAUGGGGUGAAUGAGGGUGGGACUACAAGUCGAAGAGAAGGGCCGGUGGUGGUGGAGCUCGUCGACGAAGUCGUCCGGGAGAUAUCGAAAAAGCUGUCAAUAUCCGACAAUGAAACAAUCACCAAUGUGGAAGAUCAUGAGAAUUCCGAUGCAGAGGGAGAAGACAAUAGACUUGCAGUUUGUACACGCAGCGAUAUUCACCUUGAUCAGAAGUCGACGGCAACCUCCGUCAAUCAGUCAAACCAGGAAUCCGGUGAAACACUGUCAGUAACCGUUGUCGGUCACUUGCAAGAAACGCUCCCAUUUGAUCCAACAACAAUUCCUAUCCCAAGCUCCCCAUACCCGCAGGAGGAUCAAGGGGUCGAAUAUGAGGUCCAAACCCCCGAGCAUUUGUCCAUCCAUGAAUCCACGGUCACAGGGGCACAGACCCGGCAGGAGGAAGAAACCUCAGGAGUUGCUGACCGAAGCGAUAACAAAACGGACUCGUUACAGAACGGAAAUGUGAGUGAUGCGGUAUCGAGAGAGGAAGCAGCUAUCACUUCGAAUUCACCUCUCAAAGAACCCUCUGCUCCAGUCGUCGAAACCGUCAAUGCACCUGCACCCCGUACUGAAAAGAUCAUACCACUGCCAAGGCUAGCAGACAUUUCAGACAUCGAGGUUCUACCGAAUGGUAUCAAGAAGGGAGAUAUCCUGACGGCCAAUAGCUCCAGCGUGAUCAAGAAUCGGGCCGUAUGUAAUGCCGCAUAUCAGAUCUGUCGACAGGUCGGCAUCGCCCAUUGGGCCGCAGUGGAGGAGACCGUGGUGGAUUGA